UUGCCUAUCGAACUAAAUGGUUUCGACAUCGUGUUGGGAAUGGAUUGGCUUAGCGCCAAUGAUGCCAAAAUUUUGUGCAAGAAGAAGAUAGUUAAAGUAAACCCGCCUGGAAAAGAUUCAUUUAUGGUGUAUGGGGACAAACGGCGAGUGAAUUCUGGGAUCAUUUCUCUAAUGAAAGCCAGAAAGUGUUUGACCAAGGGAUGUACAUCAUAUUUAGCAUUUGUGAUUGAUGCUAAGAAGGAAAAGAAGGUGAUGCAGAGCAUUCCAGUGGUGUGUGAUUUUCCGGAAGUGUUCCCCGAGGAUCUUCCUGGAUUACCACCUGAUAGACAAGUGGAGUUCAGAAUAGACUUGUUACCAGGAACCACGCCAAUUGCAAAAGCACCUUAUCGAUUAGCACCGACGGAGAUGAAGGAGCUGAUGAUGCAACUUCAGGAGUUGUUGGACAAAGGUUUCAUUAGACCUAGUUCAUCGCCCUGGGGAGCUCCGGUGUUACUUGUAAAGAAGAAAGAUGGAAGUAUGAGAAUGUGCAUCGAUUACAGAGAGCUGAACAAGGCAACAAUAAAGAAUAGAUAUCCGUUGCCGAGGAUUGAUGACCUGUUUGAUCAAUUGCAAGGUUCGAGCUAUUUCUCGAAGAUCGAUCUUAGGUCAGGAUAUCAUCAGCUGAAAGUAAGAGAGCAAGAUAUCGAGAAGACUGCAUUCAGAACUAGAUAUGGACACUACGAGUUCUUGGUUAUGUCGUUUGGACUAACCAAUGCUCCGGCAGCGUUCAUGGAUUUGAUGAAUAGGGUUUGUAAUCCUUUCCUUGAUAAAUCCGUGAUAGUGUUCAUAGACGACAUUCUGAUCUACUCGAAAAGCCAGGAGGAGCAUGGCAGGCACUUGCGAGAAGUGUUAGAAGUUUUGAAGAAGGAGAAGCUUUAUGCAAAGUUCUCCAAAUGUGAUUUUUGGAUUCGUGAGGUCCAAUUCUUGGGUCACGUGGUCAACCAAGAAGGGAUAAUGGUUGAUCCAGCGAAGAUCGAAGCUGUGACGAAGUGGGAACAACCGAAAAGUCCCACAGAGAUUCGAAGCUUUUUAGGAUUAGCCGGAUAUUACCGAAGGUUUAUCCAAGGUUUUUCUUCGAUUGCUACUCCAUUAACAGCUUUGACCCACAAAGGAGCUACUUAUGCUUGGAGUGAGAAGCAUAAAGAAGCAUUCGAGAAGUUAAAGAAGAAGCUAUGCGAGGCACCGAUACUUUCUCUACCCGAUGGAGUUGAAGACUUCGCUGUUUAUAGUGAUGCGUCUGGUGUUGGAUUGGGUUGUGUUUUGACCCAAAGAGAAAAGGUGAUAGCAUAUGCGUCUCGACAGUUGAAAGAGCAUGAAAAGAAUUACCCGACUCAUGAUUUGGAGUUGGCAGCAGUAGUUUUCGCUCUGAAAAUAUGGAGGCAUUACCUCUAUGGCACGAAGUGCAAACUUUUCACUGAUCAUAAGAGUCUCCAAUACCUCUUUAAUCAGAAAGAAUUGAAUAUGAGGCAACGACGCUGGCUAGAAUUACUUAAAGACUACGACUGCGAGAUACUUUACCACCCCGGUAAAGCUAAUGUUGUUGCUGAUGCUCUCAGUUGGGUACCUAAGUCAGGAGGAAUUAGGGAUCUUCUGAUGGAAGAAGCUCACAAGACCAUGUACUCGAUUCAUCCGGGUAGCACUAAAAUGUAUAGGGACCUGAAACCCUACUACUGGUGGCCGACGAUGAAGCUUGAUGUUGCAAAGUAUGUGGCCGAGUGUGUGACUUGUGCGAGAGUCAAGACACAACAUCAGAAACCGUACGGAAGUUUAGAACCUUUGCCUGUGCCUAUGGGUAAGUGGGAAGACAUUGCUAUGGAUUUUGUCACUAAACUGCCCAGAACAAAGAAUGGUCACGACAUGAUUUGGGUGGUCGUUGAUCGAUUCACUAAGAGUGCGCAUUUCAUAGCGGCCAGGGAGAAAUGGUCUAUGGAGAAGCUUGCAAAUUCUUACGUGAAGGAAAUUGUGAGGCUUCACGGUGUUCCGUUAACGAUUGUAUCGGAUCGUGAUAGCCGUUUCACCUCAAGGUUUUGGAAAAGUCUACAAGAGGAAAUGGGUACCAAGUUAUGUUUAAGCACAGCUUACCAUCCGCAGACUGAUGGUCAGAGUGAAAGAACAAUACAAACACUUGAAGAUAUGCUGAGAGCAUGUACCUUGGAAUUCCUAGGUAAUUGGGAUGAACAUUUACCGUUGGUAGAAUUUUCCUAUAAUAAUAGUUUUCACUCGAGCAUUAAGAUGGCACCUUAUCAAGCUUUGUAUGGACAGAAGUGUCGUACGCCGUCUUGUUGGCUUGAGGCUGGGGAAAAGCAGUUUAUGGGACCGGAGAUGGUUCAUCAAACUGCUGAAAAGUUGAAAAUAAUUAGGGAAAGAAUGUUAGCAGCUCAGGAUCGUCAAAAGAGCUAUGCUGACAAGAAGCGAAGACCGAUGACUUUUGAGAUUGGAGAUUCGGUUUUGCUUAAAGUCUCGCCGUGGAAGGGACUUAUAAGAUUUGGUAAAAGGGGAAAGUUGAGUCCAAGGUUUAUUGGACCGUUUAAAGUCCUUCAGAGGAUUGGGAAUCGAGCUUACAAGCUCGAAUUACCUGAAGAACUGAAUGGAAUUCACAACACCUUUCAUGUGUGCUAUUUGAGGAAGUUCACUGGAGAAGUUCCCGAUAUAAUUCCAAUUUCUGAAUUGAGAAUUGAUGAGAACAAAAGGUUGAUUGAAGAACCAGAGGCAAUUGUUGACCGAAAGACUAAGAAGUUGCGACGCAAAAUGGUUGGAUUAGUGCUUGUCCGAUGG